AUGCUGAGCUGUCUACUUUAUAAAAGGCCACCAGCCAUUUUGGUGACUGCACAGUAACUCAAAACCUGUUUCUCCACCAUCUGUGCAUCGUCCAGUUCCCAGAGACAUCAGACAAAAGGAAUCGUCCUGAAUAUUUUCUGAGAAAACGUUUUCCCCCUUUACAGGGCAAUGGGAAGGUCAGUGCAGCUGUCAUAAGGGUCACUUUUCAAGACCAGCAGGAACUACAAGUUGAGUAGGUAUUCCCAGGACACAGAAGCAAGAACACAGAAUACUUGAAGUUUGAUUUCUCACCAUGGCAGAAGAGGAAGAGAUCACAUAUGAGGAAGAGGAGGAGGAAGAAUACGCCGAGGAGGAAACACAAGAGACAAUAGUGGAGACCAAAAAGGAGCCACAGCCACCCAAGCCGGCCCACCCACCUCCCCCGCCUGCCGCUGUUCCUCCUCUCCGAAGGAAAUCUUCCGCCAACUAUCGAGCCUAUGCGAUUGAGCCACAUGACAAAAGAAAAUCCAAGAUAACUGCUUCUCGGAAAUUACAACUCAAGGCAUUGAUGCUCCAGGUGGCAAAGCACGAAAUGGAAAAGGAGGAAGAAGAGUGUGCCCAGGAGAAAGAGCGGUACCUCUCUGACCACUGCACCCCUUUAGAACUAGCAGGCCUCGGCCUCACAGAACUGCAGGAGAUGUGCCGGCAGCUCCAUGAGAAGAUUGGCAAGGUUGAUGAGGAGCGCUAUGACAUGGAGGCGCGAGUCAACAAGAGCAUCAAUGAGAUCCAGGAUUUGAACCAGAAGAUUUUUGACCUGCGAGGCAAGUUUAAGCGCCCGGCUCUCCGCCGCGUCCGGCUCUCUGCUGACGCCAUGAUGCAGGCCCUUCUAGGCUCCAAGCACAAGGUCUCUAUGGAUCUCCGAGCCAAUCUUAAGCAGGUCAAAAAAGACGACACCGAGAAGGAGAAUCGUGAGGUCGGGGACUGGCGGAAGAACAUUGACGCUUUGAGCGGCAUGGAAGGGCGCAAGAAGAAAUUUGAGACCACCGCAGGACAAGCUUGAGCAGUGUGUGAGAUGGGUGCCGUGUGUUCCCCCCUGAUCUUUAGGUGUUGUUGAUGCCUGCGGUCUUGCAUCUCUGCAAGAAGACUCACACUCCCGACUGCAUUAAUGUUCCCUGUGGUGUGAAUUUCUGUAGCAAAAAGUAGAAAAAUGCACUGUAGAGGCUUGUUCUCCAGCUUGCUUCAUUUUAUAUAUAUAUUAUAAAAUUUACUUUUGGGAGAAUCAGGACUGUAACAUCCACCUAAAAAAUGAUCCCUUUUAAACUGUCUGUGCACAUACACCCAAACUGAGAGUAGGGAACAGAUGGGAGGCAAGGAAAUAGCUGAUUUUGUGCAUGUAAUGGUGUGUGCAUUGUUGGUGUUAGUGUGCACGUGUUUUCCCGUAAUUUAAAAGCAAUGUUCAUCAGAGACUGAAGGAAGACCCCACACCCUCCAGCAAGCUCAGGGGUCCCCUCCUGACUUCCUCUCCACCAAGGAUGAGUGAUCGCGUGAAUGGCAGAAGUGUGUUUCUCUUUUUUUGCUGGCCUGGUUAGCAUUUGCAGUUGCUUUGAGAAAGGCCGUGUCUCACCUGAGGCCAUUUGAAAUAAAUGGGUUUCACGUCUGUGUUGAA